AUGAUGCGAUUACGAUCAGUUAGUCAUCAAACUAAAAGACUAAAUUAAGAUGAACAUCGUUAGCUUAAAUCUUCACGUUUCUAGAGAAAAAUAGUUGUAUAUUAAGAUUGUUAGUUUAUAGCCAUUACAUGAAGAAAACAGCAUGUUGAAGGAUCGUUUAAAUUUAAUGAAAUUUGAGGUGGAAGACAAUUUAUAAUCAAUAAUAGAUGAAUUAGAUCAAGACUUAUAAUUGAAAGCCAAACUUAUAGACUUUUAAUAAAUAUUUAGUUUAAUCAAGGAAUAAAUCAAUAAAGAUCAUGAAAAAAUAGAUUGUUUAUCUGAAUAAAUAGAGAGAUUACAAUACAAUUUAAAUGAGAAUAUAAAAUAGAGAGAACAAGAAUCAUACCAGUAUCAACAGUCAAAUUCAAUAAUGUCUGAAGAACUUUAAAAAUAAAAGGUUUAAUAGAAGAAGGAGAAGGUUAUUUUUGAUGAUCAAAUAAAAUAACUUAAAUAUUAGAAUUUGAUUUAGGGUUAAGAAUUGGAAGAGUUAAGAAAAUAAAUUAAUUAGGAAAUAGAAACAAAUUACAAAUUAAAUUAAAAUCUAAGAAAAACUAAAGAUUUAGAAUAAAUGUUAAAAGAUUAAUAGAAUCAUUAUGAAACUACAAUAUAAAAAUUGCGUUUAUAAUUAGAAAGUGAUAAUCAAGUAUUUAAAAAUGAAUUAGAAUAAUAAGAAAUAAGAAUUGAAUCGAAAUAUAGAUAAUUAAUUUAAGAACAUAAAUAAUUAAUUUAACAAAUUUCAGAACUUAAAUAGAAUUAUAAUUAAAUAAAAUAACAAAAAGAAUCAGUAGAAAAGAUUCUUGAUUAAAAUAUUUAAAAAAUAAAGGAAUUAAAAACAGGGGUUAUUUAAGAUAAAUAAAUAAUGUCAAAGUCUGAAAAAGCUAUGGAAGAAUUAUAAAAAGAAAUUAUAUAUUAUAAAAAUAAAGUUAUAAUAGAAGAAAAAAGAGAAGGGAUAUUAAAAUAAAAAGUAUAAUAAGAUGAAGAUUUAAUUUAAGAAUUAUUAUAAAUAAAAGAAUAAUAUGAGAAUUUAAGAUAAACAUUAAAAUAUGAACAUUAAAUUGAAAUAGAUAAAAUUAUGUCAACAAAUUAUAGAUAAAUAUAAGGUUUUGUUGAAUAGAUAUAAAUUUAAAGAUUAAAAUAUGAAAAAUUAUUAGGUAAUAAAAUUAGUUUUUAAGAGGUUUAAUAAUAUUAAUUAAUUAAUUUUUCAUAAUAAUAUGAAGAUCCUAUUCAUAUUGAAUAUGUUUAGAAUUUAGAAUAAUUAAGUGAAAAUUAAAAAUUAGAAAUUGAUAAUUUAAAAUAAUAAAUUAUUUUUAUAAAUGAAGAACAUUCAUAAGAAACUGAAUAAAUUUAAAAGACAUCUGAAUAACGAAUUUCUGAUUUAAUCUGUUAAUAAUAAUAAGAAUUAUAAUAAUAGUCUGCUGAAUUUGAAGAAUUUAAAUAAAAAGUAUCAGCUGAUUUUAAUUAUAAAGCAUAAAUAAUGACCUAAUAAUUUUCAUUUUAAUUAGAUUAACAAAGAUAAGAAUAGAAAUAACUUUAGUAGAUUAUUGAUUAAUCAAAAAUGAGUGGUGAUGAAAAGUCAAAAUUAUUAGAAAUUGCAUCAGAAGAAAUAUUAACUUAAAAAAAAAAAUAUGAUCAUGAUAUUUAUGAAGAAAGAAAUACUUAGAAAUAACUUAAGUAUGAGUUUGAAAAUAAUAUAUUAUAAUUGAAAUCUGAAUAUUAGAGAUAAAUAGAUUAUUAUAAGAGAGAUAUUGAAAAUUUACAAAAUUAAAUUAAAGACUUAUUACAUAGAGAUACAUUAUCUAAAUAAAGAAUUUCAGAAUUAUUUAAUGAAUAGAGAUAAGAUAAAAGUCAUAUUAAUUAAUUAGAAAUAUAGCUAUCAAAAAAAUCUACAGAAUUGAAAAAACAAAAUGAAGUAAUAAAGAAUUUAAACAUUCAUAUAUCAUCUUUAUUGAUGGAAGUAGAUAAUGCUAAAUAAACAUAUAACAUUUUUGCUUCACCUACUUUAAAGUCAUCUCAUCAUUAUUUAAAGAAAGUUGACUUAGAUAUUUUACAAGAUUCAUGUAAAUUAUCAAGAAGUUCUUCAAGAAAUUUAAAAGAUUCAUAAGAACUUUAACCUAUUGAUAUGAAAGCCAGUCGUAAUAAAUCUCAAUAAGCUUAAAGAUUUCAUUAGAUAAAAUAAUAGUUACUUCCAUAUUGA